AUGAUGGAAACCCUUCCGGGUGGCGCCGUCACGGACGGCGGCCCGUCCUACAGCCCGCACCUCAAAAAAGUGCUCAAGACGUACCAACUGAGCGCGACCAAGAGCCUGCAGGGCCCCAGCACGGUGUUGGCGGUGGCGGACAGCAAGCUGCCGGCGGUGACCGCGAAGAAGGAGCCCGACGCGUUCCUGAACGGGUUCGACACCCCGCCGGCGCUGCUGCCCGUCUCGUCCGGCGUCGGCGGGGGCGGCGUCGCGACGUCCUCCUGCGCCACGGCGGCGUCGACCGCGCCGGCGAGCGCGCCGGCCGCCACCGGCUCGACCGCGGACGUGUUCCUGGCACCGCCGCCGUUCCCGCUGCAGCAGCUGCCCAUCCUCUCGGCGCCCGACCAGUCGCGCAGCGAGCGCACCGAAACCCCGCUGGAAGGAGAGUCGAUCGCGUGUUUCGUAGUGGGUGGCGAGAAGCGGUUGUGCCUGCCGCAAGUGUUGACGAGUGUGUUGCGCGAUUUCAGUCUCGCGCAGAUCAAUCAAGUGUGUGACGAGCUGCAGAUCUACUGCAGUCGGUGUACGGCGGAGCAGUUGGAAACGCUCAAAGCCACGGAAAUCCUGCCGCCGACGGCACCGUCAUGCGGACUCAUCACGAAAACGGACGCGGAGCGGUUGUGCAGUGCUCUGUUGCACCGGCCGUCGGCGCCGGUACGCACGCCAAGCAAGGGCGCCCUGUCGUUCAAGGUGUACCACGAGUGCUUCGGCAAGUGCAAGGGCAUCUGCACGCCCGAGCUGUACACGGACCAGCACGCGCACUGCAUUCAGUGCGUGGAGUGCCACGGCAUGUUCUCGCCGCAGCGCUUCGUGUGCCACGCCCACCGCGCCCUCGAGAACCGCACGUGCCACUGGGGGUUCGACUCGGCCAACUGGCGCGCCUACCUGCUGAUCGCCCGCGACCAGGCCGAGCACGAGAAGCUGGCUAAGGUGCUGGACGUGUUCAAGGAGCAGCACGACAUCGCCCACCCGUCGCCCGCCGCCCUCAAGCGCAAACAGACAUGCUGCCCUGCCAUCCUUCUGUACAUCUGGCAUUCAAAUUGA